AUGCCCCAGCCCGCCCAGCAGUCGGCCCUCCAGCCCGCACCAGGAGCGCCUUCCCAGGAUAUGCAACUCUCGCAAGCCAGCCCCAACACCGCCGCCUUUGCGGCACCCGCCGAUUCCCACCACCACCACCACCGCCCCCCCGCCUCCUCCACCAAGCGCCCGCGCCAUCGCGCCUCCAUAGCGUGUGCUUCCUGUCGCGACCGCCGCAUCCGCUGCGUGGUACGCCCUGGCGAGACCGAGUGUUUCAACUGCAGGCGCACCGGCGCCGAAUGCAUCAUCCGGAACGACGACGAACGCCGCAAGCCGAUAUCACGCGCCUAUGUGGCCUCUCUGACGGAGCGAAUUGCCGUGCUGGAGGACCUGCUGAGGAGAAAAGGAGAAGAACCGCCACCCGUCAUCCACCCUCCACGCAUCAGACCCGGGCUGCCUGGAUCCGAGGAACUGCACCCUGAGCGUGGAAACGACUCUCGACAGGAGUCGUCCCAACCGCCUCAUUUGGACAAUGCCUCUUUCAGCGAGUCCGACGACGGCGUGGACCAGUCCGUCCCCUUUCUGUCUGCCGCGCGAACUGCCUCGUCUCCGCGCCUGCUGGACCCGUCGGACGAGAGCCAGAGUCUGGUCAGUCAAUUGCUCGCCCCGAAAGGUCAUCUAGGCAUCGACCAGACCAGUGGCAGCGUGCGCUUCUUUGGCUCACUCAUGAAUUGCCACCUUCCGUCAGACAAGGCCACUGCUUCCAAGUCCUCUGAAGUUGUCGAACAUGCACGGCGAGCCACCAAGACGAUCCGACUGCUCUCGCAGGAGACGCACGAUCACCUCAUGCAUCUUUUUUGGGAACAUUUCAAUGCCGUUUUGCAUGUCAUCCACAAAGAAGCUUUCCUGGCGGACUACGAGCACGGAUCACCGCACUUCUAUUCUCCCUUCCUCCACAUCUGCAUCCUUGCUGUCGGCUUCCGUUAUGCCGACAAGGCUCGACCUGACAUCCAACGAAUCGCGCUUGAGCCGAGAGAGAGUACUUUCCACCGCGAGGCAAAGUUCAUGCUUGAUGUUGAGCUAGAAAGGCCCGGUGGAAUCCCCCAAGUCCAGGCUCUCCUACUCCUCGCGAACUGCGAAUGCAGCGUGGGACGUGAUCACACCGGCUGGCUCUACUCGGGCAUGGGUGUUAGGUUGGCCUUUGAUAUUGGCCUCCACUUAGAAACGCGCUCGUCAGGGCUGUCAGAGCGCGAGGUUGAUGUACGACACAUGGCUUUGUGGGCCUGUGUCAUCUUCGACAAGUACUGGUCUUUGUUUUUGGGGAGACCGACGGCGAUCAAGAGCUCGGACCUGGAGGUUUACACUCUGGCCAAACGGUUCGAACGGCUCGGGACCUGUUUGCCCAAUGGGCCGGAGCUCUCCCUCGAGACCCAGAUCUACGAGGCGCUGAUCGAUCUGAUGGAGAUCGCGGGCAAGGCAGCGGAAAACAGGGAGGCCACCGCGAUGACUGGCAGCAGCUCUGAUCGCACUGACCACAGGUCUGUAGUUGCUUUGGACCGGGAAUUGAGCGGCUGGUAUUCUCGUUUACCCGAAGCUUUGAGAUGGGAGCCAGCGAAUAUACAAACGGCCCCCAGAUCUUUCUUCGUGCUGCACCAGCAGUACCACUCAGUUCACAUUCAAAUCCGCCGGCCUCUAGCGCGCUACGAGGACUCAGUCUCUCCGGAAGCCAAAGAUCUGUCCGGAGAUACCGUCGUUGUGUCGGCUCGCAAAGCUUGCACCGGCCAUGCGAUAGCCGUGGUCAAGAACUUCUGGCAUUAUAGACAGCGGUUCAGCGCCAAGCAGAUUUUCUGCGCUGCAAUGCAAACUGCGGGGGUCGCAUGCACAACGCUGAUCGCAGACCUUGCUUUCGUCAAGGAUGUCAAGGAGCGUAACCAAAUCCUGAAGUGCCUUAAGUGUAUGGCUGUAUCGCUUCAGGACAUGUCGGCGAUCUUUGCGCCAGCGGAACGCAUGUGCCUCGUCCUCCAGCAUGUCUUAGCCGAGAUAUCACAGUCAAGUCCGCAGCGGGAGGCUUCCAUCGUCCCGGCAUCGCGCCAGAACACUGAAGACGACACGAUUCAGAGCGCCCCCAAGCGAAGGCAACGAUCCGAUCAUCGGCCAACGCCGCCGCUGCGACGAUCGGAGGGAUCAGGCUCGAUGCCUCAAUUGAGAUUGAGUGUGGACGAUAUCGCAUCGCUACCAGACAGUCAUCCGGACGCAGAUGUCAAUGAAGCUAACGGACUCUUCCCUUCGCAAGGCGAUCUUAGCGCAUGGCCCUUUUCGAGCCAAGACAGCCAGGUGGACGUGAGUGGCUCGUCCAUGCCGGGCUCGGCACCGGCCAUGUACGGGAACAUGGCGCCGAACGCAUGGGUAACGGCGACCUCGCAAAUGCCGGACGCGCCUCGAAUGAGCUUCUCGCAUUUUCCCGGCUUUGUUGAGAGCGGCACGCAUACUGGACAGAUGGACUUCCUCUCACCGAAUGACGAGACAUGGGCGCAUUGGCGGCUGGAGCAGCCGCAGAGCCAAGUCCGACACAACGAGCUCGAUGCUGUGCCUCCAGACAAACAGUACAGAUGA